UUCGUGUACAGCAGUGUAGAAAAUAUAUAAAUAUAAUCGCACAGGAUAUAAGCUCUGCAUAUUGGCGUUGCAUGUUGACUAAAUUCAGUUAUUUCGUGAUAUUUUUUAGAUCUAAAUUGAAUAAACCGUGGUUCAUUUUAAAUGUGAUUUACCUGAGUGGGUCAGCAGUCUAUUGUUAAACUGCGCUGCACUCACAAACAGAGUGAGAGUGUGACGGAGCUGCACACAGAGCUGCUCUCAGCCAUCGUCUCAUGUCUCCGCCGCUGAUCCUGAUCCCGCUCUGCAGCGCCGCUCAUCCUCCUGUCAAAACCUGCCCUGCGCGGUUGCACCAAUCAGCUUCGACCCUUGCGUGGGCAGGAAGUGACGUACGUGGUUCCUGCCUCUUGCAAAAGUGCACGGUGGUGGUGUCACCACAAAUAUUCUCCACACACCAACAUCUCUGCUUUGCUCUGUGCGUGCAGGCAAGGUGCGUGAGCCUCCUCGCGCUGCUGCAGACGUGAUAAAGCAAAUUAUUACAACAACAACAACAAAGCAGAAAAACUGACACUUCUUUGACACAUUUGUUAGCAAAUUUAGCAUUUCCACCCCCGAGCCUGACAUCUUUUCUCUCCUGAAAAAGCUGAAGACCACCGACCCCCUUUAUGUGGCACCGGCAGCAGCAUGCACCGGGACCGGCAGAUGCAGCGGAUGUGACCGGGGUGAAGUAACAGGCUCCGGACAGAAACUUUGGUGAACUGUGACCGCGCGCCGCCUCUCUUUUUAUUUCUCCGUGGGUGAGCAGUGUGUGUGUGUGUGUGUGUGUGUGUGGCACCUCCUCCCAGCUCCUCCACAGAUCUGCUUCGCCCCCAUGUACCUAACAACCAUGCAUUUCUUCUGAUAGUCAGAGCAGGAGGUUUCUUCUCCCUGCACCCCCUCCUCCUCUUCCUCCUCCUCCUCCUGACUCCCUCCUCGCCGCUUCGGGUUUUUUGGACUCCGGACCGGCCGGCGCGUCAUGCCGCGACACCUGAAGAAGAAGCGCACCCUGGUUUCGCUGCAGGACCGCAUGCUUCCUUUAUAGCUGGAUCUACUUUUUAUUUUUCUUUCUUUCGUCCAAUCUUUUUAUUUUUGGUGCAUGUGUGGAGGGAGAGGAGAGUUAUGCUCUCUUGCAAAAAAAGAAAGUAGAGGAAGAAGAGAGUGAGCAGCAGCAGCAGCAGCGAGCAGAGAAGUAAAUAAAGCAUCUUAGAGGAACUUCACUUGAUGUUCGAUCAGGCAACGAUGGGCGAUGGGAACCACCGCUGUGGACCCAACCCGCUGUGUCCGGACCGGAUGGAGACAAAGUGCCGCGCCGAGAUAGGGAGCCGGUCCCCGGUUCAGAGCUCCACCGACACCCCUGGGACCUCAGCGUCCACCCCGACGUCCUCCAGCGAAGACGGGCACGACAAACUUUUGGGAGUGGACCCAGACUACUGCCGGAGGAUAUUAGUGAGAGACGCCAAAGGCACCAUCCGGGAGAUCGUGCUGCCCAAAGGCCUGGACCUGGACCGGCCCAAGCGCACCCGGACCUCCUUCACGGCCGAGCAGCUGUACCGGCUCGAGCUCGAGUUUCAACGGUGCCAGUACGUGGUGGGCCGCGAGCGCACCGAGCUGGCGAGGCAGCUCAACCUCUCCGAAACACAGGUCAAGGUGUGGUUCCAAAACCGUCGGACCAAACAGAAGAAGGACACCACCAAGGAUUCAGACAAACGCUCCUCCUCCUCAAACGAGUCGUUGGCCACCUGCAACAUCCUGCGCCUCCUGGAGCAGGGCCGGCUCCUCUCAGGCCCCGCCCCGCCCCCUAACUCCCUCCUGGGGCCGCCGCAUCCAGCCAACGGCUCUCUGCUGAGCAGCCCGGGCGGCGGCUCCUCCAACUCCCCGGGGAUCAGCAGCAGCACUCCUCCCAACUCCCUACCCGGGGGGACUUUCGGGCUGUCGCUGCCGUCGCUGGGCGGCACCCCACCCUCACCGCGGCUGGGCGUCCCGCCACCGCACUCCCUCUGCUUCUCCAUGCCGCUGCUGGGGGGCGCUCACCACGAACUGACGUCCGCCUACGGCUGCGGCUCCUCAGCUUUCGAGCCGUACAUGCGACUGGACAGGAAGGAGGCAGAUCUGGGAGGGAAGAAGACAGUUUCUUAAACACAGGUCCCUCUUUAAAGGACGCCGGGGGGCGUGUGUUUGUUCAAUCUUGCAGUCGUUCACCCUGCUGCCUGUUUGACACUCGAGCUUCAGCAGACGGAGGAGAGAGAGCAACCUGGAUCAGGAGAAAUGUAAAAAAAAAAAAAAACGAAGGUUCCUCAUGGCUCCAUUUUGUGCCGCAGCUGACUGACACAAAAUGGUGAAAAGGACGAGACUUGACGGAGGAAAAAAAAGAAAAAAACUUGUGAAUUUUUGCAGAAAUGCCCUGUGUGUGUAUGUUGCGUGAACAGACAGAUGUUUUUAUCUCCACUCUCUUCGCAGUGGUUUUCAAGUGACUCUUCACUUUUUGUCCAGUGAGUUUGUUUGUGUGUGUGUGUUUUUCUCUCUAUACAGGCCUUCAUUUACUGUUCAGGAAAAAAAAAAUACUUGACAUGGAUAGUUCAGACUGAAUCAGCGUCUGAACGAAGACGAGCGGUCGUUCAAAAAGAGCAGUUUGUACACAUUUCAGUAUCCAAGUGGCCAUGUUUGAUUUUAGUUUAAUGUGCUUUCACGAUAAGGAAGAAACACUGAAGAAGAAAAAAAAAAGAAUCGUAGCAUUUUAAUAUCAGUCUGUUUGGUGUCCAGCGGUAGUUUUUGUAAAUUCUUUAUUUGGUUGUGUUCGUGUAUGAUAAAUAUGUGGUAGGAUCUAGACAAAUGGUGCAAAAAUCACAUCAUAUCUAGAUCCGAUAGUUUAAUAUAAAAGAACACGAGGAGGAUAGUUGGUUAGACUCUGCCAAAGCAUUUAUGGAUGAAGCUCCGGAGGGUUCGCACACUUCCUGUGUCCUCCACUGAAAAGCCCUUUGAACUCAGAUUAACUUUUACAACCUCUGAUUCACAGAAACGUCUCAGAGACAUUCAGAGAGAAGGAAGAAACUUGUAGCCCGGUUUAUGGACAGUUUCUUUAAUUUACAGAACCAAGUUUGUGCAGACUCAAUCCAGAUUCACAGCUUUCUGUUUCACGUCUUGUUCAUCAGUGUGGUUGGGCUAGAGCUGCAGCAACAUGAAGGCCUUUUCACACCGAGUGCAAAGUGUGUAGUUCACUUGUAAAUGUGUAUUAAAACCUGUAUUUACAUGUUGGAUGGGGACAGGUACGGAGGCUCUGAGGGGUCAAACAACUCUUUAAAAAGUGUUUGCAACAAAAAAAAAACAAAGCAGGAACCCAAAUCUGUUGCAGAAACAACAGGAGAAAGUUUCAAAGUUGUGAACGUGUUUGACACAACGUGAGAUCAUAUUUAUUUUUUUAAACAUGCAAAAAUUAAGGUAAAAAACAAACAUUCUAACUUGGUGUGAAAAGGGCUUUAGUCUGCAACAAUUUUGAUAAUCUAAUUUUUUUUUUUUAGAUCUAAUUUGUCUUUUGUUCCGUUUAUUUACAGAUUCAAAUUCGUGACAAUUUGCUGUUUACUUUUUUAUCAUUAUUAUUAUUAUUUUUUAAAUAUAUAUAUAUAACAGUAAAUCACCACAGGCUCUGGGAAAUUGUGAAAGCCAUUUUUUCACAGUUUCAAUUUAUUUUUUUCAUUUCAUUUCAUUUUUUUACACUGGCAUAUUAGGGUUAAUGGGGAAUAAAAUAAAAAUAAAUAAAUAAAUAAAGCUGGCAGAGAGCGGUCAUAUUCUGAGAAAAAAAAUCCAGGAUUAAUCCUAAAAUUGUGAUUUUUUUUCCUCUUGUAAAUUUCACACUUGUUCUUAACUUGUAAAUCUACAACUUUAUGAAUCUCUGUAAUUCUCACUUUUUCUCAGAAUAUUACCCUUCUCCCCAGCUUCAAAUUUAUUAUUAUUAUUAUUUUUACCUACAAUUUACACUAUGAUACAAAACGACGAUGUGAUAAUGAAAAUAAUGGUUGGCUGCAGCUCUGAUCACACACACACUUUAUUCUUUUUUAAGGUCUGUUUCAUCAGGUGAUAUCCAUGAUCACAACAAAUCUGCUCUGAAAUUUCACACAGGAAACUUUCACUGUGUGCACAUGCUGAGGACACAGCAUCACGUGUGGAAAAAAUUACUUUUUGAUAUUUUUCUUUAAAUUUGUUGAAGUUUCCCCUCUGUAAAGUUUUAGGCCCUUUCAGUUUCCUCGCCCUCCUGUUCAGCCCGUCUCAAACAAGAACAUUUCCUCAACUCGCCCCUCAUCGAAAGCACUUUAUGUUUGUAGGUUUUUAUACAUCCUUCUGUAUCCGUCCCAUAUUAGCUCCUUAUUAUUGAGAAAAGACUGAAAAACCUCCCAGCUUUAGUGAAAACAGGACCUGAAAUGGGCCUGGCACUUCUGAUUUUUAUUUUAAAAAAUUAUAAAAAGAUGAUAUUUAUACCAAAAUAGACUAUACAACCUGAUUUGUUGGGAGAAACCAAGCAAUUUCAUGCAAAAUCUGACAUUUAGGACCUUAAAUGGAACAAUCCAUUGGUUGAUGACCACAUUUUUUGCCAUUCUGAGGAUCCAACUGUGAGACGUGCAAUGAUCAUAUGAUGUCAUACAACUGCUCAAUCAGGGUCCAAGCUCCUUUUUUCGUCCAGUUAGAAUAAAUACAUGUAAUUAAUGCAAGAAUACACCUCAGCAAUCCCCAAAUAAAGUGCAUUUUAAUCAGUCGUUUUGAGCCUAAAUUGAAUUCAGCUCACUAAAGUAUUAUAAAUAAGCUGAUAUUUAUAGCAAAACAGACUAUAUAACCUGAUGUAUUGGGAGAAACAAAGUGAUUCCAUGCAAAAUUUGACAUUGAGGACCUCAAAUCGAACAAUCUGUUGUCGCAUAACCACAUUUUUUGCCAUUGUGACAGUGAGAUUGGGCAGUAAAAUCAGUUGAAUAACUGAUUAUUUCGGGGUAAAUCCCACUAUAAACAUAACAAAUAUAUCCAAAACACAUGCAAUGAUCAUAUGAUCAUCUCAUCAGGGUCCAAGCACCUUUUUUGGUCCAAUUAGAAAUAAUACAUAUAAUUAAUGCAAGAAAACCCCACAGUAAUUCCCCAAUUAACUGCAGAUUUUCUUCAGCGUUCUUCGUUUUGAGCCUAAAUUGAAUUCAGCUCACUUUGAAACGCAAAUUUUUAUCAAAAGUAUUAUAAAUAAGCUGAUAUGUAUACCAAAAUAGACUAUAUGACCUGAUUUAUUGGGAGAAAUCAAGCAAUUUCAUGUAAAAUCUGACAUUAAGGACCUUAAAUGGAACAAUCUGUUGUUGCAUAACCACAUGUUUUGCCAUCGUGACCAACAUGCAACUGCUCAAUCAGGGUCCCAGCACCUUUUUUGGUCCAAUUAGAAAUAAUACAUAUAAUUAAUGCAAGAAAACCCCUCAGCAAUUCCCAAAUUAAGUGCAGCUUUUCAUCGUUUUGAGCCUAGAUUGAAUUCUGGCCACUUUGAGGCACAUUUCGUAUGUUAAAUUGUUGCACGAGAGGCCGGUGGAGGAAAGAAAAAUAAUCAGCUGUAGUAUGUCCAGGUUUUUCUUAUAGUCCAAAGAAAUUCAAAGGAGAACCUGCAAUUCCCGACACUCUGCCCUCAAUUUGUGUGUGUCAGAGGAGUCCUCGCCCCUUUUCACGACUUGUGUUUCUCGUCUGUUUUGCUGCUUGUCAUUUUCACCUCUUAUUUCCCCCACGUAUCUAUUCAUCAAAAAAAAAAUUGUACACUCUCGUGACACCAAUUUACAACCGGGCUCGUGGCUGCGUCUCGGCUGCAGAUAAAUGCACGGAGAGGCUCUGACCUCAGCCUAUGAAAACGUCCCGUCUGGCGACUCUCAGGGCCUUUUUGCACCCGUGUAGCAUCUGCUGGUUGCAGGUGAUUUGUUGUUGUUGUGUCCGGGCCCGUGUUAUCCACUUGCGGCUCUUUGCAGCGCUGCACCUGUGCUGUUGUUGAACACUGUAUUAUUUUCUAUAAGCACCAUCCAUAAUUCACACGCUGCGGCAUCAAAUAUUCAGCAGAGAGAUGGAGCUGAGAGGUCAGGAGGUUUUCUUCUCAUGUAAGGCUGGUGUACCCUUUCACAACCCCGCUUUUUUUCUCUUUACUCGCAAGAGGUUUGUCGAUUUGCUUCAGUGCUGACAUCCAGCUGUGCAGUAAGCAAAACAGUCACAGUCCCCUUUCUUUUUGCUGGUUUAUUAUAAUUUUUGAUUGCAUGAUUUACAGCUGCGCGAGACGGUAGAUAAGCUCUCUGAAUUGAUCCCGUUUUCAGUUAUUUGUCAGCCAAUAUGACAGAAAAGGGAAGAUCAGACAUUUAUGAAAACUGUUUGGUUUUUUUGGUUUGGUGGUUUAAAAAAAUAAAUCUUCUCGCACUCCAGCCCAGCCGGCAGAAUAAAUGUUGGUAUUGUGCGUUUCUGCAAACCACAGAUCAACUAAAAUUAUUUUCUUCUCUUUCUCUACUAUGGUGGUUGUAAAGCUUUAGAGAGAAAAAAAACUGAGUUAAACAAGUUGUAAAGAUUUUGAUCCCAAACAAAUCUACUUGGUUAAAUUUAGGAAACAGAACUUGAUGGUUAAGGUUAGGAAAAAAAAUCAGGGUUUUGGGUUAAAAUAACUUUUAUUAAAUAUACUGGGAUUCGUAGGUAUCCAACAAAGCAACUCACUAGUUGUGUUUCCAUCAAUGAAUUUCUCUGCACAUUUUGAAGAUUCGCAUGAGAAAAGCUUGACAGAAACAACAAAAUUCCAUAAAACUUUUGAAAAUGCGCAGUUUUGAUGCUCAUUUGAGCUGGUUUUUGUCUUUUUUCGGAGAAUUGUUAUAACGCUAAACAGGAGAUGGAAACAUGAUUCUGAGCCGACAUGAAAGAAUAAUCAUAAGUUGCUCAAUUGAAUCAAAUUCCUGAAGACUUCUCUCCAUUUUCUCAAGUGGGUUGCCAAAAUUGUCCGAUUCGCAACCCCUUUUUUGUUUUCUCUCCUCUUCUUCUACUGUUUACUAACGGAUUAGCCACUGCCACCUUCUGACCAAAGUUCAUUAAUGCAGCUUUGUUUAUUUACUGUAAACCGCUUGAUGGAAACGUCCAGAAUUUGUAUUUUCUUAAAUGCAACGUUUCAAAAUUUUUGCGUCAAAUUUGCUUCGGCUUUAAUCGAAACACAGCUGUUUAUAAAAAGCCAUGUAGGUGGGCUCUAAGGCAGCUGGUGGGUGUGGUGGAUGGAUAAAACCAAGACACCCGUUGUUGGAAGUUAUGUCUGAAAAUCGAGGGUUUUUUGAGCCUAACAGUGUUCUAUUUUCCUAACCAUAAGGAUGUAGUUUUGGGGUCAAAAAAGAGCCUUUUUAGAGCAUUAAAAACGUGAGUAGUGAGGUUUAAAACUACAGCAGUACAACAGCGGUUGUAACAACCGCUUUACAGUAUUAACGGGUUUGAAACAGCAGCAACGACACACACACACUGUCUCCUUCAGUGUCUGUUUGACCUUUCCAGCUACCCUGACACCAGUGCAACAACUAAAGGUCGCUGAAAAUUAAUUAACCUGUGGUUUUGCAAAAAAAAAAGGUACAAUGCCUACAUCGUAUUCUGCCAACUGGGCUGCACACGGCCUCCAUCCUCUGUCACUGUCCGGUGGUAUUUUGUAAUGUAAAUCUGCAGUUACUGUAUUGUUCGCUCGGCUCCGAGCUGCAGCUUGAGGCCGAGAGCUUCUCUUCAACAGAAAGAAGCUUUGCAAAGCCUUGUAUCUGUUUAAACAAAGCCUUUUGUUUUGUUUUUAUUUUAUUUUCUUCUUUCAGUUUCUUCUCACUGUUGCUUUUGUUCAUGCGCAAUCUGUGACAUCUUGCACUUGUUUAGGUUUCCCGUCAUCUCAGGAGCGUUUCGGAGCCGUGCAGCGUGCAGAGCUUUACUGAAGUCCUUUGAGAUUGUGUGGAAAUAUUCUUUUAUUUUGAAAAAUGCUUUGGUUUUAUUUUAACUUUAUGCACAGCCAAGGUCUCGCAGAAGGCCAUAACUUCUUUUCUUUAAGCAGUAAACGUUUCUUAAUGUCAAGCUAAUGGCACCAGCUACUACUUAUGAUGAACAAACUCUAUGUACAUAGAUAUAAAUUUAUAUAUGAAUAUAUAUAAAUGGGUCUUUGCACAAGUUAUCUCCAUGUCCGCUCUGUGUGAUUUUAACAGGAAAAACAAAAAUGCGACGGAAGAUUCAGAAAGAAAAAAAAGACUUUAUAUAUGCUUUACAAUUCUUUGUCUCAUUAACAUUUUGCACUUAUUUAAAGAGGCUUACUUCUGUUUCUGGGCUGACAGAGCUGUUUUCACGCUCGGCCAGGAUAUUGUACAAUAUGUAUAUGUAUUUUUAUUCAUAUG